AUGUCGGACGCUAUACUACGCGGAGCCGCCCCUGCGUACGACGAUGCAGAGAAAGGCGCAUUAGAUGUGCAGAUCCGCCCUGUGGAGGUGGCGCUACCAUCUGAGAAGAAAGAUAAAGACCUCACGGUUGCGUCGGUUAUGCCGGUCCCAGCGGAGAAGAAGGAGCCUCAAAGUGCCCCCAAAUCAGCUAGUAAACCACCCAAGAAGAAGGUCUCAAAAUGGAUCCUCUGGCAACUAUGGUACAACACGUACCGGAAACUAUUCACCAUCACGUUCUCCGUGAAUAUGAUUUUGUUUGGGUUUGCGGUAUCUGGUCACUGGUCAUACGCCAAAAAAUACGGCGGUGCAAUGGCGGUGGGAAAUUUCAAUGUGUCUAUCUUGGUGCGAAACGAAAUAUUUGGGCGUCUCUUGUAUCUAUUCGUCAACACCUUGUUUGCUAAGUGGUCGCCUUUGAAGUGGCGUCUAGGCUGCACAUCUGUCCUUCAACAUCUUGGUGGUAUACAUUCUGGCUGUGCAAUUUCGGGUAUCAUCUGGAUCACACUCGAUGUUGUGGACACUUACCGGAACCACGUCAACGAGUCAAACUCAGCUUUGGCGCUUGGUCUUAUGGCUAAUAUCGCCUUGAUCGUGACCGCAGUUGCUGGGUUCCCCUGGGUGCGCAACACGCAUCACAACGUGUUCGAGCGGUGGCACCGGUUCAUGGGAUGGUCUGCUCUGUUCCUCUCUUGGACCUUCGUCAUUCUGGGCGACCUGUGGGAUACCACGACGAAGACUUGGAACUUAGGCACCGCGCAUAUCGUUCGACAACAAGACUUCUGGUAUGUCAUGGGAAUGACCCUAUGGAUCGUUCUUCCUUGGAUCUGUACAAGGAAGGUCCGCAUCGACAUCGAACUCCCCUCAAACAAGGUUGCAGUGCUCAGAUUCGAACGUGGUAUGCAACAAGGUUUACUUGGUCGCAUCAGCCGUAGUACCGUCAAGGAGUAUCAUGCGUUCGGGAUCAUCUCCGAGGGAACACACGCAAAGUACCAUUACAUGGUUUGCGGUGUACAGGGUGAUUUCACUCGCAGCCUCGUCAAUGAUCCACCAAAGAUGAUUUGGACGCGAGAGCUGAAGCUGGCUGGUGUUUCAAAUACUUCCACCCUUUACAAGCGUGGGAUUCGUAUCUGCACAGGUACCGGUAUCGGUGCCGCCCUCUCCACCUGCAUUCAGUCCCCCUACUGGUAUCUCAUCUGGAUAGGAUCUGAUCAAGAGAAGACUUUCGGUCCCACCAUUAGCGGCUUGAUCAACCGUAACAUCGAGCCCGAGCGGUACCUGCUCUGGGACAGUAAAGUUCGAGGCGGCCGGCCCGACACGAGGAAGAUCCUGAAGGAGGUUUACCACUCCUGGAAAGCCGAAGUCGUCUUUAUCACGUCUAACUACGUGGGAAACUCAGAAAUGAUGCAGGCCUGCAAAGAGGAGAAAAUUCCAUGCUUCGGAACUCUCUGGGAUUUCGCGUUGACCAUGCGCUCCGCAGUGAUAUUUCGUAUUAUUGCAUCACUCAUAUAG